CUGCCGCUCUACCGCAAACCCUCAUGGACUUCUUCACCCACGGGCGUAUACCCACCUAUGUAAUGGUUAUUCGAUAUACUCUCGCGAUUCUCCUUACGCAUAUCCCGUCUAAUCGCGAAAGUCUUCCUCAUCCGUUUCUCACCUCGAAAUAAAUCAAGACUAAAGUGAAUUACGUUGAGACUUCGAGUGAGGGAGAAGUGGUUUACGGGUCAGUUGCCAGACAGACAUAUGACCUAUCAUAGUGCUGCCGUACCUGCCAGACUGACGUGUACCCAACGGCUGCUGAGUACUUCGAUGAACAAGCCUUAUCAUCGCAAUGACUAGUAUAAAAGGAAGCCUCUGAAGAAUCACAAUCGAUGUCAUCUGCUUCUUUGACACCAUUCGCCUCUUCCCAAUAUCUGCCGCGUAUAAUAUCAUUUACAGCUUGAACAAGAUGUCUCUUAAGACGACUACGAAACUCAGCGGUAGUGCUUCCGAGGUUAUCGUUGGCAAAGUCGCUCAUGGAAUCAUGUCGAUGACUUGGCGUGCUCAGCCUGUCUCCGACGAGGAGGCUUUCGAGUCCCUCAAGGCGAGCAUUGAUGCGGCUUACGCGCUUGGCGUAAAGAUGAUUGUGAACAGCGCGGAAUUCUAUGCCAAUGACCUUGGUACCGGAAGCCUUGAGCUUCUCUCCCGCUUCUUCGAGAAACAUCCCGAAUAUGCUGAUAGGACAUUCCUCUCCGUCAAGGGUGGAUCUCUCCCUCAAGCUUUCGGUAUCGACAACUCUCCUGAGAACCUUCGCCGAAGUGUGAACGCCGUCAAUGCUGCCCUCCGUGGCAAGAAGCGCGUAGAUCUCUUCGAGUCAGCUCGUGUGGACCCCAAGAUUCCCAUAGAGGAUGUCAUGACCACCAUGAAGAGCCUGGUCGCCGAAGGUCUCUUUGACCAUAUCGGUAUCUCCGAGUGUAGUGCUGAGACCCUCCGUCGAGCAGCUGCGGUCGCUCCAAUCGCAGCAGCUGAGAUUGAGGUCAGCCCUUGGUCGUACGAAGAAGAAACGAAGAAAGUCCUUGUUACUGCUCAAGAGCUCGACAUCGCUGUGAUCGCCUACUCCCCUCUUGGCCGAGGCUACUUGACUGGCACCAUCAAGAGUCCUGAAGACAUUCCUGAGGGCGACAUGCGCCGGAACUUCACGCGGUUCCGAGAGGAAUACUUCAUGGUCAACUACGCCAUCGUUGAGGCUCUCAAGGCAAUUUCAGAGAAGAAGAAGAUCACAUCCGCCCAACUCUGCAUUGCUUGGGUUGCGACUUUGGGGGAAAAGGUCAUCCCUCUUCCUGGAUCUUCCAAUGUAAAGCGCACCUUGGAGAACAUAGGAGGUGGUAAUGUCGAGCUCACCAAGGAGGAGAAAGCUGAAAUCCAGAAAAUCAUUGAGACCUUCGAAGUCAAGGGCGACAGGUACACCGGUAUGGAUCCAAAAGUCCUCCACUUGUGGGGAUGAAUGGUGCGAUAGAUGGCCGUUUGUAUUAUAAUGUGAAACUGCGAGAUUCUCUAUGUCUGACACGUUGUAACGGUUGUAUGCAUCUCUGUCACAGUUC